GGUCAAAUUUACGUCUGCACCACUUCCGGAUUUACGUAGACGAUAUUGAUUUCUCAUUUUCAGUUUUUUUUUGCAUUUAUAAUGCCUACGAUAUAAUUAGGCAUCAGGAAAUGUUUAUUUAACCGUUUCCUUGCAGACGUUAUACAUGACCUAUAGCAAUGAGUGCAGGACCUCUUGUUGUGGAGAUCAUUUGUACAUGUUUCCUAGCAGCCUUUCUGUUGCAUCGCUAUGGUGACCUAAGGAAACAGCACGUCCUUGUGACGUUGUUCACGUUCAUUGCGUGGUAUUUCUCCUUCAUGAUCAUUUUCAUUCUGCCUUUGGACGUCUCCAGUACUUUUUAUAAGCAAUGUGUGGAAGAGAAGCGUCGCAGCUUGCCCAUCUCUACGGACUCACCUAGCAACCUCACGACUACAACCGCUUCAAAUGGCACAACUACAACUCCUGUAACCCUGUCAAGCUCUGCCCAUACCCACAUUGGCCUACGCUCACUGCCUGAGGACCACUGCAUUGCACCAGUCAGUCAUGUGCCUGACUAUGUCUUGCCGACAUUAUGGAAAAUUGUCUACUGGACAUCUCAGUUUUUGACUUGGCUGCUGUUACCCAUGAUGCAGUCGUACUCGAGAGCUGGUGACUUCACGGUGAUGGGCAAGUUACGCACAGCUGUCGUACAGAACCUCAUCUACUACGGCACCUAUCUGCUCAUCUUUGGUAUCUGCCUCAUAUAUGUGGCAGCCAGGCCGGACCUACACAUUGAUGCUGAAAAGCUGAAGGUGAUAGGAGUGACAGCCAGUAACACAUGGGGGCUGUUCCUUCUCGUGCUGUUGCUAGGUUACGGACUGGUUGAGGUACCUAGGUACGUCUGGAACCAGUCCAAACAUUCGUACACGCUGUCACGGACCUACUUCAAGUUGGCAAAGCAGAGCGUAGAGAAGACAGAGGCUGAGGAACAGCUGGAAGACGUGCUGGAGGAAGUCAAGCAAGCAUCAGAAAAAAUACGCUACAACCAUUCCUUGCGGCGGCAUGUGGAAACCAUACUGGAAAAGUGUCCUGAGACAGUUCGCAAUUCCGUCAGUCGCACGGAGGACUACGAGGACUACAACAAGAGCAUCGACACGCCAUCAGAGAAGUCCCUCGCUAAGCUUCAUGGCAGCGUGAUCUACUCCAUGCAGACAAACAAGCGCCACCAGACACAGUGGAGCAUGAUGAUGCAGAAAGCCUUUGACCUUGAAGACCUGAUCCUCAAUGAGGUCAGCAUGGACAGGCGAUACAAGCACAGCUUUGCGGUGCAGAGGAAUGCUGUCUUGCAGAAAUUUUUCACUCCCACUGUGGAGUGGUACUGGCGGUGCCUGUGUGCCCCCUGGGUGUGCCGUGUGAUGGCCGUGGUGCUGACUAUCUUCUCGUUCAUGGUAGUCUGGUCAGAGUGCCUGUUCUUCAUCAAGGAGCCCGUCCUCUCCCUGUUUGCCCUCUUCAUCAACCUUGCCAAGGAGAACUAUGACUAUGUCUACAUUGAGCUGGCCAGUAUCAUCACCAUUGCCUACAUCUGUACGUGUGCGUACUACAGCGUGUUCCAGAUCAAGAUACUAAACUACUACUACAUAGCACCACAUCACCAGACCAAUGAAUACAGUCUCAUCUUCACAGGAAUGUUGCUAUGCCGACUGACACCCCCGAUGUGCCUCAACUUCCUGGGCCUCAUCCACCUGGACAGUCAUGUGACCCACUCAGAGAACAUCCAGGAGACUGCAUACACACUGAUCAUGGGUCACAUGGACGUGAUACCAAUAAUCUCGGACGGGUUCAACAUCUACUUCCCGAUCCUGGUCGUGCUGCUGUGUAUCUGCACGUACUUCUCUCUGGGCAGCCGUGUCCUUCACUUCCUUGGUAUCAACCAGUUCAUUGGUGAUGACGAUCUGACUCAGGAACUGGUGGAUGAAGGGAAGGAGCUUGUAAAACGAGAGCGUCGUCGCCUGGAUCGUAAGAUGGACAGUGACGCUCGCCGUAGAGAGUGGGUGUCACGGUUUGGUGACUCCACUUCGUCCACCCGCAGUACGAGGUUCGACGCUUCAGAGGACGUGAAGAUACAGCCCUCUGUGGCCAGUCAAGAUAUUGCACUUCGAGAGAGCAGCUACACUACACCAAGGAAUAUCAGCACCCAUGACAAGAGUGGACUGAUCAACGAAGAGGAGCCCAUGGACUUCACAGACCUUCCCUCCUCGGCUAGUCAUGUGGGCGGGUACCAGUCUGCUGCCCAGCACCCAAGGACCCAUGCCCCACGGCCCUCCUCACGGGUCCCACCCAGGGGGAUUUUUGAUGACGUAUGAUGACCUUAUUUGUAAGGUCAGGAUUUAGGACAUUUGUUGACUAUUUUGCUUUGGUAGAUGGCUUGUUUCAUGGGAAAUAUUCAAAGACAAAUGAGGAAGAUAUGGAGUUCGUGGGGAUGAAAGGCGUUUUGUUGGCUCUUUUCUUUGAAAGCAGGUUUUAUAAGAAAUUGGUGAUUUUAGCUUCUGUGAUGGUUUUGCGCAGAAGGCUAAACUAAAUGACCUGAGAUGUGCUUUUCGUUCUUGAAGCUGACAGGCUUUCUAUUAUCAAACAGAAAUAGACAAAGAGAAACUCAUGUAAAUUUCUUAACGAUGUUAUUAAUGAGUCAAAGUGAAGCAAUAUAUUUGGAAGAUGUUUGCCUGUUAAGGUUAAGAGUGUUUCACUGGUAUAAUGAUGGCCCCUUAUUACUUAAAAAAAUCUACAUCCUUGAUGAUUUUUCAUAUAUAUAAUUUUAAGGAUAGUUGUGUAUUAUGUUCCUUUGUAAAAUUUGUGUGUUUAUGUCACAACUUUAGAAAUUACCUGGCAAAAAGACAAGCUAGGCUAGCUCAGGAGGUGGAGUGAUGAACUCUCAAUCCGGGAUCACACAUACAAAUCCUGACAUGGUCACAAAUCUUUUGCAGGGAUCGGUUGUGAAUUUAUCUGAUAUAAGUAGGUCAGUUGACACUCCCUGACUCAAGAAUGUGAACUGGUGAACCACCAGGAACCAUACGAGAAGGUUAACCUUUCCCAGUCAGAGGCAAAGGGAAAAUUACCAUGUGUAAACAACAUAAAAUCAGAACAGCCUGCAAGUAACUCUCAGUCUGUUCAGGUUUUAGGCGGUUUGCUGCUCAGCAGUAUCUAAGGGUUGGAAAUGAAGUCUUUAAAACAUUGAAUCUAGUAAGAAAGGUCUUCAAGUAAAAAUAACUUUCUAAGGGACUACAAAUGGGUCAAAGUACGUAUCCAAGUGGUAAAGGGUUCAAUGACUUCUGUGAUAUGCAUGGCGUACUGUUAAAAACGGCCAAAAAUCCAACAAACCAAAACUAAAUCUAGGAAAGACAACUUAUGUAUGUACACUUACCGGUAUAUGACUAAUGAUUUAGAUAAACAUUAAGUUUUUAAAACAAUGUUUAUACCUAAUAUUGGGGACAGUGUUCAUUCACAUUGUAAAUAUGUCUAAAGCAGGAUAUGCAAUUUUUCUUUUUCAAUAAGCAUUGUGUUAUUCACUACUUAUUUAUACGUGUAUGUUAUCAUUUUGAAAUAUUUAAGUAUUCAAGCUAAAUAUGUGUAGAGAAAUUUUGAUGAAUAUGCGAUGUACAUAUGUGUUGUUAAAUUUCAGUGUCUGUCACAAUUUUGAUAUUAUUGGACAGGCACUUUCUGUUAUUUGUUGUCUUUGUCAAUAUGUAAAUAGUUCAUUAUUUAUUUAUCUUAUUAAAAGAUUCUGCUUUAACAAUGGACCAAUUUGAUUAAAGUUGUGGAGUGUUGCAAUUAUGUAAAUCUCCAGUUUGUAUCUGUCAUGUGUAAAUUUUAUUUUGCCACAAAUAGUGUUCUUUUUUGUUUAGAAAUAAGGGAGUUACCUGUGAAUGUUUACCUAUAGCAGAGCUCCAGAUAAGGGUCGUAUUUUCGUAAUUACGAAUUAUUUUCAAGUCAAUUACGUAUUUAUUUUAAAAUCUUGACGUACCAUUAAGAAUUACAAAAUCAAGUUACGAAUAUUAUUUUUGCAGCGGUUCGUAUCAAUUUUUAACCAGGUUUUCCGAAGGAAAAAACUGGUUAUUAGAUUGGCGAAUGCGGGCGGGCUGGCUGGCUGGCUGGCUGGCGGGCUGGCUGGCUGGCUGGCGGGCUGGCGGAACAAGCUUGUCCGGGCCAUAACUAUGUCGUUCAUUGUCAGAUUUUAAAAUCAUUUGGCACAUUUGUUCACCAUCAUUGGACGGUGUGUCGCGCGAAAUAAUUACGUCGAUAUCUCCAAGGUCAAGGUCACACUUUGAGUUCAAAGGUCAAAAAUGGCCAUAAAUGAGCUUGUCCGAGCCAUAACUAUGUCGUUCAUUGUCAGAUUUUAAAAUCAUUUGGCACAUUUGUUCACCAUCAUUGGACGCUGUGUCGCGCGAAAUAAUUACAGUCGAUAUCUCCAAGGUCAAGGUCACACUUUGAGUUCAAAGGUCAAAAAUGGCCAUAAAUGAGCUUGUCCUGGCCAUAACUAUGUCAUUCAUUGUGAGAUUUUAAAAUCAUUUGGCACAUUUGUUCACCAUCAUGGGACGGUGUGUCGCACGAAAGAAUCACGUCAAUAUCUCCAAUGUCAAGGUCGCCACGACUAAAAAUAGAUUUUUUUAAAAAACAAACUUACAAAUUGGGUUAAUUUUGUUUGUUUAUUUCAAAAGUUCAGUUUGAGUUUUCUCCCUUUAUCAGAUUUUUUUUUCACAAUGAAAACCUGGUUUUGUGACAAUUUUGUCCCUUGUUAUUGAGUUCUUUUCGCGCAUUAAAGGGAUCUUUUCACUCUUUGGUAAAUUGACAAAAUUUAAAAAAGUUGUUUCAGAUUCGCAAAUUUUCGUUUUAGUUAUGAUAUCUGUGAGGAAACAGUAAUACUGAACAUUUACCAUGGUCUAAUAUAGCCAUUAUAUGCAUCUUUUGACGAUUUUAAAACCUAAAAAUUAUAAAGCGUUGCAACGCGAAACGAUUGAAUAAUUUGGAGAGUUCUGUUUUUGUCUUUAAAUUUUGUGAAACUACGAAGAUUGCUUAUAUUAGGUAUAAAAUACGUCAAAUAUGUGUACUCGGCGGAAUAGCUCAGUAGGCUAAAGCGUUUUUACUUCAGGACUCUGGCAGGACUCCAGGGGUCACUGGUUCGAAACCUGGUCCGGGCAAUGUUCUUUUCCUUUUUUUAAUUUUAUUCUUGAUUUUUUACUGGAGCUUUUACGCUCCAAUGUUUACAUUUAUCGAUAUAAAGCAUUUAAUGAAUAAGUUAAAAAAUGCCAAAAUCUGUGAAAAGGCCCCUUUAAAGAUCUUUUCGGUGCUUAUAUAGAAUGGUUAUCGGGUUUGUUUAACAAAGCGCAUUUUUUCCAAUAAAAGCGGCGUGUACAGUCUAUCUGUCAAAAAACAAUGGCGGCGCCCAGAGAGCGUCCUAAAAAACUGCAAAGCGUGCAAAGACACGCUUUUAACAUAUUGUACACAAAGUGAGUCGAAGUUGAAUGUUAAGCAAGACAUUAUAAAAAAGAUCUUUUACGAUGUUGUAUGUUCAGUUGCCGACACAGUUGGAAAAGCUAAAAAAAAACGCGACACGACGGGUCCAAACUUAAAAAAAACCCAAAAAAAUUGAACGAGUGGAAGGGACAAUUCCCGUGGCUAAUUGUUGAACAGAUUGAAGGGGAGACCCGUUUUAAUUGUGAAAUAUGUAAAAAUUCAUCGAAGGCAUGCGAGCUUAGCACAGUUCGGGCAUAUGAAGGUAUUUGAAAAAUAAAAUUGUAUAAUACUGAAUAGACACUGUUGAACUCGUAUAAAUAAAGUUGCUAGUAUGUUUGUUUUGAUUUGUUGCAUAAAAUAACCAUUAUUAUUUAUUUUUUGGUCAUUAAGAAAAGUUAAGAAUUAUUUUCGAAAACUUAGUAGUAACGUUAAGAAUAAAAUUUUAGAGUUAAGAAUUCUUUUUGAAAAUCUGGUAGUACGUUAAGAAUUUCACAAAACCUUAUCUGGAGCUCUGCCUAUAGUGAAGUCAUUUGAAUCUAAGUAACAUAAAAUUAAAAUGUUCAUUGUGAGUUUGUAUGAAUGUGCUAAAGUGUCUACAAUAAAAAAUAUUUAAUUUUGAUGUAUCCAUGUACACAUAUAUUAUGUAUUACAUUGCAAAUGUGAAAUAUUAAACUCUACAGCGUAGUCCAUAUAUAUAUAAACAGAAAAUAUAUUUCUAAAAUAAUGUAGAUACAUAUAUACUGUGUAUUGCUUUUUAUGAACAAAACAAUACGACACAAAUAUGUUGCUUCAGUUGAACUACAAUUAUCUGACUUUACAGUCAACAGAAAUCCCCUGAUCUAGACCAGUGUACAGGAAGCUAUUUGUGAUAAAUAUUAUGUAUUAUUAUAUUCAUUAAGUCAAGUUUACAUAAGAUGUUUUAGCAAAUGUAGUUAUUAAUCAAUGCUUAUAGGAUAAUAAACAAGAGGAAUCAUUUUGGCCUACACAAUUGUACACGAAAGUCCAUCUUAAGUUAAAUCAAAUGAAGUUUUAAUUCUUGAACUAGACUUCUGAAUAAUGAUCCUGUACAACAUGCAUAAUUAUUCACUUCACUUUUGUUUUUUAUUUUAAAAUUGCCCUUGUUAACAAUGUCCUCUGUUGUUACUUCUAAAACUGUUGUUGCUAAACUAUCCUGGGUUUUAGUUAAUAUUAAUUUUCCCAUUAUUGCUUUCAAUGCAUGAUUUGAAAAUACAGUGUUAUUGCCACUGGGCUAUUAACCAGAAAAUCAAUAUUCAGUUGUUCAACUGUGAAAGGUUUUAAAUUAAAUUUCAUAUGUGAUACUCAUUAUUAUUUAAAUAACAUCGGCAGUUUUAAGGAAUUGUUUGAUUUAAAAAAAAUUGUUCAAAUUUUCCCUAUACAGAUGUAAAUACAGGCCCAGAUUGCUGAAGUGUGAGAUGUCAUACCAAUUAAUAGCGUAAUUAAUUUAUAUUGUUCAUAGCAAAAUUAUUUAUGUUGUUACUAUAUCUUUGAUAUUUAUUUAUAAGAGUUUUAUGCGAAAUGGGUGCGUUUUUUAGUUCAUGAUUUUAAUAAAUUUACCAAGUAUUUGGGAUGUAUUGUCAUGUAUAUCUCAUUUUUACAACUUAAAAAAAAGGUUGUUAAGUAUAAGUGUACCAAAAAUAAUGGAGCUAAAGUGAUUGUAUGUGAGGGUCUUCGUACUGGCAUAUUUCUAAAAUGUUUGUCUUUCAUGGUUAUUCCAUUCCACUAAAUGAAAGUAUCAACAUGUUGUUAUAUUUAUGUCAUGUUGUAUUUUUGUUGUCUUUGUGAAGCACAAUUUUUGAAUUUUAAUAUGAUAGUGCAGCAAAUGUUUGUAUCUCAUGUGUUAAAAUGCAAUAAUUAAACAAGAACAAAAAUGUAUGCCCAUGAUAAACACAUUGAACUAUUUCAUUCUGCACACAAGUUUACAUUAAUUGCUUACAGUUUAAACUAUGCCUUUUUACUUUAGAUCAUACCAGAACAGAACCAGUAGGUUAGAUUGAAUAACAGGUGUGCUAAUGUAAUAAUUGCUUUUGAAGAUUGCAAUUAAUGUUUUUAAUUUGUUCUUCAUACAUAAAAUUCUUAUAUUUAAAGACAUGAAAAGUUCAUAGAAAGAUAUUUCAGCAUAUGGAAUAAUGAUGCAUAUCAGACAUUCUGAAAGAAAAUAUUUUGGAUAUUCACUAUUACAUUGGCCAAUGAAUAUUCAAUUAACUUAAAUGUUUUAUUUUGUUUAAUUUUACUUUGGAAGUCUAGCUGUGCACCUCUUCAAAUGGAUAAUUUAGUGUUGAUGGAAAACAUGGCUCUUUCUAAAUGAACACGUAUUUCUUUUUCCAAGUUUGAAAAGCAUAUUUGUAACAAAUUUUCAACUUUGUGUGUGGCAUUCAUGUUUUAAAUGUUUUAUAAACCUAGUCAUUAAUCCAUUGAAUUUCUUCUGUAUAUCUCCUGUUUACCAGUACAUUGUUUUAGGCACUGUUUGUUGUCUUGUCAGUCAGUCCAUUUUUGUUUUCAAUAUGAAUCUCAUAUGACACAGUGUUGUGAAGCGUGAAUGACAUAUCUCUUGGAUUACAGUUAGGAGGCGUUUUGAAUAAUUUUGGUGAAAUUUAAACUCUUUAGGGAUAAAAUCCUGUCGUUCGCAAAGCUUGAAAUGCAAUUUGACACCCAAAAAUGGGAAGAAAUAUAACCUGUUGAGUACAAAUAGUUUUUAGUUUGUCUUUCAUCCCAAGUCAGCGAUUACUCAAACUGCGCAACAGGGAAUGAAUGAUAUUUGUACUUAAAUAUGUCAAAACGUCUUUCCAGUAAACCAUUUGAUAUUUGUAUAUUUUGUAUUCAAAUUGUGACCGUCAUUGUGUACACUACAAAUGUCCUGGUGCAUUUCUAAGUGGAAAGAAGCUGAAAUCGUACAGGUUUGCAAGCAACUUUAUUAAUGAAGAUAUUUAAAUCUUAAACAUUUGUAUGGAACUAUAAAACAGGGUUAGCCCCAUUAACAAUGUGUAUUUCUAGCAUUUGUAACUCAUUUCCAUCAUCAAUAUAUAAAUGUAUUUCAUAUUACCAUGCUUGUGUCACUCUUCUAUUACUCUUGAUAAACUGCUUGAUCACUUUUAUGUUUCUCCAUAUAUCCUGUAUUGCAAUGUAGCUGUUAUAUUCAUGUAAAUCAAAUACCUUUAUGUGGGUGCACAUCUGAUGGUAAAUGAAAAUAAAUAAAUAAAACAGUA